UCAUUCAUGAAAAUAAACAAAUGGACAAUAAACAUAGAGUAUAAAAUCUCAGGAGUGUUGUAGAUAACUGCAGUUCUGCCUGUCAUCUAGCUGGUGGGCUGUGUACCUGGACUUCUUAGGACACUGGCUGAGCUUUGAAGAAAGACCUCAGCACCUACCUGGCUACAGGAUGAAGAUGGCCACUGGCUUCUUGAUUUUGUGGCUUAGCCUGGCGAGUGGCCUGACUCAGAGUGACACCAGCCCUGAUGCAGAGGAGUCUUAUUCUGAUUGGGGUCUUCAGCACAUCACGGGCAGCUUUGAAUCUGUCAACAGCUACUUUGAUUCCUUUCUGGAGCUGCUGGGAGGGAAAAAUGGAGUCUGUCAGUACAGGUGCUGGUACAGAAAGGCACCAAGGCCCAGACCUGGCUACAAGCCAGAGGAACCCAAUGGCUGCAGCUCCUAUUUUCUGGAUCUCAAGGUACCAGAAAAUAUGGACCUGGGCAUUCCAGCAAUGACCAAGUGCUGCAACCAGCUGGAUGUCUGCUACGACACCUGCAGUACCAACAAGUAUCGCUGUGAUGCAAAAUUCCUAUGGUGCCCACCCUAUCCACUCUGACCUUAAGCAGAGUCUGGGCUUUGUCUCCAACGUGGAAGCCUGUGAUUCUCUGGCUGAUACUGUGUUCAAUACUGUAUGGACCUUGGGCUGCUGACCCUUUAUGAAUAGCCAAUGGACAGCCUGCAUCUGUGCAGAAGAGGAGAGAGAAGAGUU